AUGCCCAUAGUCGAUUUUUGUCGACAGACAAUAUCUUCUUGGAAAAUAUUUUUUGUCAAUCUCAAUCUUUUUCAACCACCAGUUGGUAGUAAUCAAACUGAAGAUGAACAACAACGUCGAUUCAAUAUCCUUGUUACUCGGAUCUAUAUAGUUCUUUUCACAUGUCUUCUCAUUUAUCUCAGUCUUUUUAUAUAUUCAGAUGUGAAAGAUAUCAUCGAGAAACGAGAUAAUCCAACUAAAAAAGAACUAGACAGCUUUCAUGUUGAUGCAGAAUGUCCUUGUUCUCGUAUUUCACUCUCACAUGGUGAGUUUAUUUCAUUGAAAGCGAUUUUACAUCAAAUAUGCUCGAGUGAUUUUGUGCUUGAUCGUUGGAUUAAAGCCAUCUACUCUGACUCGAAUGUUACAUAUUUCAAUUUAAAUGACUUUCGAACUUUCGGUAGCGCACAAUUUCAAGCGUUAGCCGGUUUCUGUGAUCAAUCAAAAUCUUAUCUUCGACAAAAUAUUGAGUUAUUUGAAAAACGCACGUUUAUCAGUCCACAACUUUUGUCAAGAAGUCUUUUUCAAGAAGAGAUUAACUCAGCUAUUACUCAAUUUCAACAGACUCUAUGUAAAGCAUUUGCAGCUGAGUUGGAUCUAAUCCUUCGAGUAAUAAGCAGCAAUCAACUUAUGUCCGGUCUUCAAACAAACUUUAUCAUAUCAUAUGGCCAUUGGCCCCCUAAAAUUAACCCCGCUAAAUAUAAUGACAAGAAUAAGGGGUUUUGCAAUUGUGUUUCGGAUCGUCGAUGUAUUUCUAAUGCUAUCUUUAGCGACAUAUUCGGAGCACAAAACCAGUAUGAUUCCGGUCGUGAGACAAUGCUACCUGGGUUACAAUCAGGUUGUUCGCCAGUGACUUCGAUUCUUGCAUCGUCACUUCAGUGUUUUUACAAUCAGAUAUGUUUGAAUACUCUUGUUUCAGUAUUUCCAACAAUAGAAAAUUUCUCAGCAAUGGCAAGUAACAAUCUUAGUCGUUUCGGCCCAUAUGCAACCGUGCAAUCAAUCGUCGAUAAGCUGAUGGUGGAAGAUUGGCUCAUGAACGUGUCUUAUGAAAAGUAUCGCGAUAAUUGUGCACCUCUUUCUUGCACUUAUCCAAAAGAAAUGAGAAGUACUUUAGUGGAUGUGGUAGUACAACUCAUUGGCUUACUAAGCGGCUUGAUAUUGGCACUGAGACUAGUGAUUCCAAUUAUUGUUCGAUUCAUUAUUAAUAAAUUAAAUAAUGUACAAUCUCCACCAUCCACUCUGACUCGUAAGCAAUUCUAUUCUCAUGAUAGCUAUACUCUUCUUAGGGUUUAG